AUGCCACCACCACCAUAUGUAUUAGACAAUUCAAAUGAUAUAGAUUCAUCAACAAAUAAUUUAGAUAUAACAUUACCUAACUAUUAUGAAAUAUUAAAUGAUGAAGAGUAUCAAAAAAUUAUGCCACCAAAAUAUAUUAUAAGUGAAUGGUAUGAAAAUGAAAAAAAUUUAUCAAUGUAUAAAGGGGCACAAUAUAUUUAUGAAGAAACAUAUUUUUUACCUUUACCUUCAUUAAUAAUUUUAAUAUUUGUUAAUUGCUUGUUUUUAACAUUCUUCACAAUAUGGUCAAUACUUUUUAUUAUAAAAAAUGAAACCUCAUUCACUUUUGGUAUAUAUUUAUCACCACAAACAAUGCUAUACUUAAUAAGUGUUUUAAUUCCUAUUAUGGUUCUUUAUAUUUUUGGUUCAUUAUUUUUUGUUUAUAUUAUAUAUACACCAACAUGUGCAAUAAUUGUUUUUCAGACAACUUUUGCUGUAUACUUAUAUCUUAUUUAUUUGGUAAAAGAACACAUACUUCAUAAUAGGAAUAAAUUUUUUCUUGAUGCAUUUUUAAUAGGACUAUUAGCAAUAUCAUUGGGAAUAUUUUUAUCACUUUAUUGUACAAUUUUAUAUCUAGAUCACAAAAUACUUUUUCAAUAUUUAAAACAAAAAAAAUAUCUUGAAAAAGAAUUUAUAAGAAUAAAUUUUCAAGAUGCAUCAGAUGAUGAUGAUGAUAAUAAUUUAGAACAAUUUUAUAAUAUUGUUUAA